AUGUUACGAAUUAACAACCUCGGUUGCGCAACGCGUCAACAAUUCGAAGAGUUUUGGAUUUCGUUUUUCGGUGUAUUAUCGUUAACGCCAACCGGUGCAGAAGUUAAUGAAAACAAUAUCGAUCAGAUUCUCAUAAGCUGUGAAGCAAUCAAUAUGUUGACUGAAAUGUUACAAGGAGCUCAUGAAGGAAAACAGUUCAAGCAAUUACCCGAACCGGAUGGAGAAGAUGAAGAAGAAGAGAAACAGAGAGUUCGAGGUGAAGAAGCAAUGAUAUCACUUGAGAGUAAAGAAGCAUCUAUAUUGGAUAGCCGAAUGAAUAUACUUUUUUCGAAGAGCUCUAAGAACGAAGGGAUAACAUUCACUGAACCACUAGACACGACAUCCUGCUUAAGAGCUCUUUUCGAAAACUAUUCGCACUG